AUUCAGGAAUUUGGGGAUUCAGGGAUUCGGGAAUUCCAGCAGGGCUGGGAUUUCGGGACGGCGACGAAAUCCCGGGGCUUUUUUUGGGUUCAGAAAUCCAAGGAUUGGGACAAACCCCGCAAAUCCACAGGACCGAACCCCCAGCCUCCGAAAUUCCCAAAAAAAACCCCCCGAAAAUUCCCAAAAUUCCCCAGCAGGGGCCCCUCCCCCGCCCCUCCCCCUUCUCCCGCCCCUCCCCGCGGCCGCAGGGGGGGAGGGGCGGGGGCUCCUCCUCCUCCUCUUCCUCCUCUUCCUCCUCCUCCUCUUUUUUCCUCCUCCUUUUUUUUUUUCUUUUCCUGCUUUUUUCCUGCUUUUUUUUUUUUUCCCCGCUCCUCCUCCCGGGAUCGCUCCCGGCCAUGGAAGGCUCGGGACCCCCGGGGGGGGCGCGGGGGUCGCCGCCCCCCUGAAGGCUCGGCGGGAAAGCUGCCCGUUUCCCCCGACGAUGGACAGGCUGCUGCUGCCUCUGCUCCUCUCGGUGACCGCCAGCGCCCCGGCCGCGCCGCCCUGCCCCAAGCGCUGCUCGUGCCAGAACCUGUCGCCCUCCUUCACCAUCCUGUGCACCAAGACCGGGCUGCUCUUCGUGCCGCCCGGCAUCGACCGGCGCACGGCCGAGCUGCGCCUCAUGGACAACUUCAUCACCGUGCUGCGCCGCCGCGACUUCGCCAACAUGACGCAGCUCAUCCACCUGACGCUGUCGCGCAACACCAUCAGCCAGAUCAUGCCUCACGCCUUCGCCGACCUGCGCGGGCUGCACGCGCUGCACCUGGACAGCAACCGCCUGACGGCCAUCGGCGAGGACCACCUCAAGGGCUUGGUCAACUUGCGGCACCUGAUCCUGAGUAACAACCAGCUGAGCUCCAUCUCGCCCAGGUCGCUGGAUGAUUUCUUGGAGACCAUCGAGGAUUUGGAUUUGUCCUACAAUAAUCUGGUGGACGUGCCGUGGGGAACGGUGGCCAAGCUGUCCAACGUCAACACGGUGAGUUUGGAUCACAACCUCAUCGAGUUCGUGCCCGAGGGGAUUUUCUCCAACCUCCACAAGCUGGCCAGGUUGGACAUGACCUCCAACAAGCUGAAGAAGAUCCCGCCGGACCCGCUCUUCUCGCGCAUCCCCGUCUACGCCAAAUCCAAAGGCUCCCCGCUCACCUCCCUGGUGCUGAGCUUCGGCGGCAACCCGCUGCACUGCAACUGCGAGCUGGUGUGGCUGCGGCGCCUGACGCGCGAGGACGACCUGGAGACCUGCGCCUCGCCGCCCGAGCUGAUGGGCAAGUACUUCUGGAGCAUCCGCGAGGAGGAGUUCGUCUGCGAGCCGCCCAUGAUCACGCACCGCACGCCCCGGCUGGUGACGGCCGUGGGCCGCGGCGCGUCCCUCAAGUGCAAGGCCGUGGGCGACCCCGAGCCCUACGUGCGCUGGAUCGCCCCCGACGGCAAGCUGGUGGCCAACACCUCCAGGACGGUUUCCUACGAGAACGGGACCUUGGAUAUCUUGGAGGCGGCGCUGGGGGAUCAGGGAACCUUCACCUGCAUCGCCUCCAACGCCGCCGGCGAGUCGACGGCGCCCGUGGAGUUCCGGGUGACGCCGGAGGGCAACGGCACCGAGUGCGAGGAGGAGGAGGAGGGCAGGAAGGCGGGCACGGCUCGGCCGGAGCCGUCGGAUAUCCUGAUUUCGGCCAAAUCCAGCUUUUCCAACGAUUCCAGGCUGGAGAGGGGGGACAGGGGGGGCGUGGUGGUGGCCGAGGUGACGGCGACGUCGGCCUUGGUGCGGUGGCCGCCGCAGGAGGAGCUGCAGGGGCUGAGGAUGUACCAGAUCCAGUACAACAGCUCGGCCGACGAGAUCCUGGUUUAUCGGAUGAUCCCGGCCCCCAGCGCGUCGUUCUCGCUGUCGGACCUGGCGCCGGGCCGGGACUACGAGCUGUGCGUGCUGGCCGUGUUCUCGGACGCGCGCAGCUCGCUGCCGGCCACGCGGCCGCUGGGCUGCCAGCGCUUCUCGACGCGGGCGCCGCCGCGGCCGUGCCGCUCGCUGCAGGCGCAGUUCCUGGGCGGCACCAUGAUCAUCGUCAUCGGCGGCAUCAUCGUGGCCUCGGUGCUGGUGUUCAUCUUCAUCCUCCUGAUGAAGUACAAGAUCCACAACAACCAGCCCAAGGCCAAGGGCAAGGCCCACGUGUGCUCGCAGACCAACGGCUCCCAGGGCGGCUCCGCGGGCACCUCCAGCUCCAAGCUGGAGCAGCUGGAAUGUUCCGGAACCGCGGGCAAGGGGAGGGCCGGGGACUGGGACGGGGACAAGGGGGAAGGGGCCGAGGUGGGGUCGUGAUGGGGGAGGUGGGGUGAGGUCGAUUCUGGAGGUGCAGAACAUCUCCAGGAGAUCCAGAAUGGAUUCUGGAGGUGCAGAACUGGUCCUGGAGGUCAAGAACAUCUCCAGGAGAUCCAGAAUGGAUUCUGGAGGUGCAGAACUGGUCCUGGAGGUCAAGAACAUCUCCAGGAGAUCCAGAAUGGAUUCUGGAGGUGCAGAACUGGUCCUGGAGGUCAAGAACAUCUCCAGGAGAUCCAGAAUGGAUUCUGGAGGUGCAGAACUGGUCCUGGAGGUCAAAAACAUCUCCAGGAGAUUUAGAAUUGGUCCAGAACUGGUCCUGGAGGUCCAGAAUUGAUCCCUGAGGUGCAGAAUGGAUCCAGGAGGUCCAGAACAUCUCCAGGAGAUCCAGAAUUGGUCCAGAACUGGUCCUGGAGGUCCAGAAUUGAUCCUGGAGGUCCAGAACAUCUCCAGGAGAUCCACAAUUGGUCCAGAAUUGAUCCUGGAGGUCCAGAAUUGAUCCUGGAGGUCCAGAACAUCUCCAGGAGGUCCAGAAUUGGUCCAGAAUUGAUCCUGGAGGUCCAGAAUUGAUCCUGGAGGUCCAGAAUUGAUCCCUGAGGUGCAGAACUGGUCCUGGAGGUUCAGAACAUGUCCAGGAGAUCCAGAAUGGAUCCUGGAGGUCCAGAACUGAUCCUGGAGGUUCAGAACCUCUCUGGGAAAUUCAGAAUUGAUCCUGGAGGUUCAGGACUGGUCCAGAAUUGAUCCUGGAGGUUCAGAAUUGAUCAUGGAGGUCCAGAACUGAUCCUGAAGGUUCAGAAUAUCUCCAGGAGAUCCAGAAUUGAUCCUGGAGGUUCAGAACCUCUCCAGGACAUCCAGAAUUGAUCCUGGAGGUCCAGAACUGAUCUUGAAGAUUCAGAAUGGAUCCAGAAUUGAUCCUGAAGGUUCUGAACCUCUCCAGGACAUCCAGAAUUGAUCCUGGAGAUCCAGAAUUAAUCCUGGAGGUCCAGAACUUCUCCAGGAGGUCCAGAAUUGGUCCAGAACAUCUCCAGGAGAUCCAGAAUUGAUCCUGGAGGUCCAGAGUUUAUUCUGGAGGUUCAGAACCUCUCUGGGAAAUUCAGAAUUGAUCCAGAAUUAAUCCUGGAGGUCCAGAACAUCUCCAGGAGGUCCAGAAUUGAUCCUGGAGAUCAAGAAUUUAACUUGGAGGUCCAGAACAUCUCCAGGAGGUCCAGAAUGGAUCCUGGAGGUUCUGAACAUCUCCAGGAGAUCCAGAAUGGAUCCUGGAGGUCCAGAGUUUAUUCUGGAGGUUCAGAACGUCUCUGGGAAAUUCAGAAUUGAUCCUGGAGGUUCAGAACUGGUCCAGAAUGGAUCCUGGAGGUCCAGAAUGGAUCCUGGAGGUCCAGAGUUUAUUCUGGAGGUUCAGAACCUCUCUGGGCAAUUCAGAAUUGAUCCUGGAGGUCCAGAAUUGAUCCCGGAGGUCCAGAAUUUGUCCAGAAUGGAUCCUGGAGCUCCAGAAUGGUUCCUGGAGGUUCAGAAUGGCUCCUGGAGGUUCAGAACCUCUCCAGGAGAUCCAGAACCUAACCACGACAUACAGAAUCUAUCCAGGAGGUCCAGAAUUGAUCUGCAGCCUCUCCAGGAGAUCCAGAAUUUAUCCAGGAGGUCCAGGAUCUAUCCAGGAGCUCCACAACCACUCCAAGAGCUCCAGAAUGUCUCCAAGGACAGCUCGGGAGUCAUUCCAGCCCCUCCAGAACCAUCCAAAACCUCAGGAAUGUCUCCAGAACCGCUCCAAGGACCUUUCUGGAUCCACUCCAGAACCUCCAGAACCUCCAGAACCGUUCCCUGGACACCUCUGGAUCCAUUCCAACCCCUCCAGAACCUCCGGAACCACUCCAAGGACCCUUCUGGAGUCAUUCUGACCCCUCCAGAGCCAUCCAGAACUUCUCCAGAACCUCUCCAAGGACCCCUCUGGAUCCAUUCCAAGGCUUCCAGAACCUUUGGAACUGCUCCAGAACCUCCUGAAGCACUCCAAGGACCCUUCUGGAAUCAUUCUGACCCCUCCAGA